CGUCUGUAAUGUGGGACGGAAAUGGCUGGGAGGGGGAUGGGGAUUUUGAAUUUGGAAAUUGGAGGGGACACUGGUGGACGGAUUGGGUGCAAGGAGUUGGUGUUGAUGGAGGAGCAGGACGCCAGAGUCCCAGCCCUGGAACCGUUCAGAGUGGAACAGGCACCACCUGUAAUCUACUAUGUCCCUGACUUCAUCUCCAAAGAAGAGGAGGAGUAUUUGCUUCGACAGGUUUUUAAUGCCCCAAAGCCAAAGUGGACCCAGCUCUCUGGGAGAAAGUUACAGAACUGGGGUGGGCUUCCCCAUCCCCGGGGAAUGGUUCCUGAGCGGCUGCCUCCAUGGCUCCAGCGCUACGUGGACAAAGUAUCCGACCUCAGCCUCUUUGGAGGCUUCCCAGCUAACCAUGUACUUGUGAACCAGUAUCUACCUGGGGAGGGCAUCAUGCCCCACGAGGAUGGACCACUGUACUACCCGACUGUCAGCACCAUCAGCCUUGGUUCCCACACCAUGCUGGACUUCUACGAGCCGCGGCGGCCGGAGGAUGAUGACCCUACAGAACAGCCCCGGGCCCCGCCCCGGCCCACCACGUCGCUGCUACUGGAACCGCGCAGCCUGCUGGUGCUCCGCGGCCCUGCCUACACGCGCCUCCUCCACGGGAUCGCUGCUGCCUGCGUAGACGCGCUGGAUGCCACCUCCCCACCGCCCAACGCAGCCGCCUGCCCGUCAGCGCGGCCCGGAGCCUGCCUGGUGCGCGGUACCCGGGUCUCGCUGACCAUCCGCCGCGUGCCCCGCGUGUUGCGCGCCGGCCUCCUGCUGGGCAAGUGACCGCCAUGGCCGGGACCCCUUGGAUCCCCCGGCUCCUGCCCGCCUGGGGCUGCUGUGACUCUGCGACCUUCGAACCCUCUUGGGCAGAGGGGGGCUCCCCUGGGUUAUUUAUUUUCCUAAUAACUUCGUGGGAGCCACAGAAGACCCUAUACCAAAUAAAAAAAUCUUUC